AUGCAAGGGCGCCUCCUCUCCGCCUCUGCGCCAGCCCCAGCCCUUGAACGGCUGUGCGCAGAGCUUCUGGGUCCUGGAGGGGAGAACAGCUUCUUCUUAGAAAGAAAACAUCGCCGCAAGUCCUGUGGCUCGAUUACAGCUCAUGACGGUCUGCGGGUAAUCUCCAGGUCUUGCAGACAAGGGGUGGGGAGAGCGAGGGAAAGGCUUUUGCCUGCCUGCCGCCGUGGGACCGCAGCAGCUCAGCAGAUCAGCACCUUCGCUCUUUCCAAGGCUGAUGUCAUAGGAGAACUGUUCGUAAGGUGUGGUGUAGUUCUCUCUCUUCUCCUCGACCUCGACGAAGAUUUCGAGGCAUUCCUAGAGAAGAUCCUUCUGCUGCAGGCUUCUUCUGAAGAUGUUGAAUGGCUGGUUCUCAGAAUCGGUUACCCCUUCGGCAAAGCUUCGCCAUUUGGAAAUCUUGUCUUAGCAUUCGUUCACAAUGAUCUUGCGACCUGUUGCGUUCGAGGAGAGCGCGUUUGGGCACGACGGAUGGCUUGGAGCUAG